GCGAAAACACCGGAAGUAAUACAUUGGCCUCCAUUAAAAUACAUUUCAUAAGCGCCCUGUAGCCGGAUAGUAAGAAGGCAGCAGGAUGAUUUCCCUGUCGCGGAUAUUGGUCGGUGCACCAGUGCGCGGCUGCACAGCGCUGACCACUCAGGGAACCUUUAAGGUUCUGACGCGGUUUAACAGCAGCGGUCAGCAGGAAAAGCCAAAAAAGACAAAAUUUGGGCCAUUGAGUGAUCAAGAUCGCAUAUUCACCAAUCUGUAUGGUCGCCACGACUGGAGGCUGAAGGGAGCUCUGAAGCGUGGUGACUGGUACAAGACCAAAGAGAUCCUGCUCAAAGGGGUGGACUGGAUCCUGAAUGAAAUCAAGGUCUCUGGCCUGCGAGGGAGGGGUGGAGCUGGUUUCCCCACUGGAAUGAAGUGGGGCUUCAUGAACAAGCCCAGCGAUGGAAGACCCAAGUACCUGGUGGUCAACGCUGACGAGGGAGAGCCUGGCACAUGCAAGGACCGAGAGAUCAUGCGCAACGAUCCCCACAAAUUGAUCGAGGGCUGCCUAGUCGCAGGACGGGCCAUGGGUGCUCGUGCAGCUUACAUCUACAUCCGUGGCGAGUUCUACAAUGAGUCCUCCAACUUACAGGUAGCUAUUAACGAAGCCUAUGGAGCAGGCCUGAUUGGGAAGAAUGCCUGUGGCUCAGGGUACGACUUUGACGUCUUUGUGAUGCGCGGAGCUGGUGCCUACAUCUGCGGCGAGGAGACGGCGCUCAUUGAGUCCAUUGAGGGCAAGCAGGGCAAGCCCCGUCUGAAGCCACCUUUCCCUGCAGAUGUGGGGGUGUUUGGCUGCCCCACGACAGUGGCCAAUGUGGAGACUGUUGCCGUGGCACCCACCAUCUGCCGUCGCGGAGGCCUUUGGUUUGUAGGGUUUGGGAGGGAGAGGAACUCGGGGACGAAGCUCUUCAACAUCUCCGGUCAUGUGAACCACCCUUGUACUGUGGAGGAGGAAAUGUCCAUUCCUCUGAAGGAGCUGAUUGAGAGACACGCAGGGGGUGUGCGUGGUGGCUGGGACAACUUGCUGGCCGUCAUUCCUGGUGGCUCCUCCACACCUCUCAUUCCCCGCUCUGUGUGUGAUGAAGUGCUCAUGGACUUUGAUGCUCUCAUCCAGGCACAGACUGGUCUGGGGACUGCAGCCCUCAUUGUCAUGGACAAGUCGACAGAUGUUAUCAAGGCCAUAGCUCGUCUCAUUGAGUUUUACAAGCAUGAAAGCUGCGGCCAGUGCACCCCCUGCAGGGAAGGAGUGGACUGGAUGAACAAGAUGAUGUGGCGAUUUGUACAUGGAGAGGCACGGGUGUCAGAGAUCGACAUGAUCUGGGAGAUCAGCAAGCAGAUUGAGGGCCAUACCAUCUGCGCGCUGGGUGACGGGGCAGCCUGGCCAGUUCAGGGGUUGAUCCGGCACUUCCGUCCUGUCAUGGAGAGUCGCAUUGCUGAAUUCCAGCAGAAGCAGCAGGCGAGGGCUUGAACCACAACUUUCCACACCUGUCCUUUGAGCAACUUCAGCCCUGCCUACUUCUACCGUUAUUUAAAAACCUAUUCUCUUUAACUUGUGAAUAGAACCAUAUCUAUAUUUGCCUGUUUAUAAUCUGAAGUAAAGUUCUAUGAACCCUCCAUUUUAAUUUGUGUUUUUUACCUGGAAACUGGUUAAAAAUUGGUUAGUUGUAGAUUGAUUUUUUGUAAACCAAGUGUUCAGUGGGACUGUGACAACUUACUACUCUAGCUCAUAUGGAAUUGUCAUAACUGAUGAGCUGUAUACCCAGUGGUAUUUUUUUUUAUGUUUAUGUUGGUUUGUGAUGUUGAAUUUGUAUUUUAAAGGUGACCACCAAUAUUAUCUGUCUGCUUAAUAUAAACAGACUGCACUGUCACUUACUGUAUAAAGAGGUAUUGGAGCAGACUGGUUGAGUAGGUAAGCUGCUCGUGAAGGGGGUGCUCGAAAAUCCAUUUUAUGUGAAGCCGCUCCUAAGGUCCACAGUGGGUACAGAUAAUGCAUGGGUCAAUGUAAAGGCACUGGUUUAUCCAGCUGUCAUUAUAAUGCAAGACAGAAUGACCUGGGAGAACAGGACUUUCAGUAUCUAGUAAACAACUGAAACCAUCAACUCUUGGCUAUACAUUGUACAGUGAAAAAUUAUUUGCUCAUCUUUUCUACAUUUAACUAAAUUUAGUUGGAUUUUUAAUCAAAACCAAAUACAGUUUGUUUUUGACUCUAUAUAGUAACAAAGUUAUCUAACAUGAUCUUUUCUGAAGUUAUUUUUCAGAGAAAGGUUGCUAACAUGCCCAUUCAAAGCAGGAGCUUAAGCAGUUCCAGAUGCAUAGAUUAUGACUGCAACCAGUAAAUGCAAAGUUUUUCAAAAGAGUGGAGAUGCUGUAGAUGAUUGUCUGGUCAUCUCUCAGUGAAGUUAUGCCUCUCUGUCAUCUUCCACAUAAUACAUUUAUCUGAUGCUUUUCUCCAAAGUGACUUACACUGUUAAUAACCCAUUUAU